UCACAAAGUUAACUGUCAAACUCAAAUAAACCAAAACAAAACAAAUCUGUGAAUUUUGUAAAUUAAGAAAUUUGCUGAAAUAAUUUACUGUAUUUUAAAUAUUUACGUAAUUUUUCAUGCACUUAAGUAGGCGUGUUGUUGUGUUACAAAAUGAGUAAACAAGACUCCAAAUCUAUUGCGGACGAAGCCAAUCGUAUGUGGGCGAGCGCAUCGUUCGUCGGCGUGCUAAUAGUCAUCGGGCUACCGCUGUGGUGGAAAACUACGGAAGUGUACAGGGUAGCGUUACCAUACGACGAAAUCAACGCGUUCAACACCGAGUCGCACCACAUCACCACAGAUAUAACAGUGCUGGCCAACGACGAGCUCACCGCCGCCACCAUCGCUGAGCUGCUGAAGAAGGAGUUUGAGCAAUAUGAUGUGAUAAAACUCAACAUAAAGCAGCAAAUCCUAUCAGAGGAUCUCCAGCAGACCCUGGACGCGGUGGCGGAGGAGCAAGAGGCGCUAGAGGAGGUGGCGGCGACGUUCGACACCUCACUACAUAACGCCUUCUACGUGGUGCAGAGGAAGCAGCUAUUCCAGGAUGUGUGGGUCGGAACUGAGAGAGUCGCCUUCUUCCGGGAUACCAAGGCGGCACCUACACUUAUCGAAGCCCUAAAAAGUUGGAUAUACGAACCGUCGGUGCUUCACGGUGCGAGGUCGGAGACCGCUGACGCGGCGCGCCAGGUUCGAUUCCCGAGCGGGGAAGGAUUCCACGUGGUGCUGUCGGUGGUGCACCCUAAACCUCAGGCGAUGAAGGUGGACUUUGAUGCUGCAGAGGCUGUUGAAGAUUACAUCGGUUCUUUUGUGGAUGAGCUGACCGAUUUGCACAACUUCACGUUGAAGUCGCAGUGGCUCCAUCUAUUGGAGUUCAACUUUCAAACUAAUGAGGUCCCAGAAGCGUCGCUGUGGGGGCGGCAUUUCCCGGCGCGCUACGAGCGCCUGCCACUGCUGCUGACGCGGCUGGAGGAGCGCGCCGCCACGCACGUGUCCGACCGGCCCGCGCUCAACCUCGCGCUGUACGUGGCGCCGUGCGACGUGGCGCCGCUCGCCAUGUACGACGCCGACAAUAACAGAGUGAUGUCAGCGGUGCAGGCGUUCAUGUCCCCCAAGUGGGGCGGCGUGGUGCUGGGCAACCCCACCAAAGAGGAGUGCGAGCAGAAACUCUACACUCCGGACGUCAAGCUCAUCAUGGGCACCUUCAUCUCACAGCUGAGGAAACUACUCGGAAUUACUGAUAAGGAGCUGAUCCACUUGGCUCACCUGGAGCCGCUGCGCUCGGUGGUCCCGCGGCGCUGGGAGUUGGACUCGCUGCUCCGCAUCAGGACCCUCGAGCAGGUGACGUCCGCCGAGAGGAGUCUCAAGUCUUUGGCGAAGCUGUUGGGGGAGAUAUCAAACAUAGUGAUCAACGACGAAGUGGGCGCGUCCAUCAACCAGGCAGUCGCCAGCAUCCACUCGGCGCGGCGCCUGAUGACUGAGGGGGAACUCCUGGCGGCGCACCACCACGCUCAACAGGCUUUCCUGGCGGCGGACUCGGCUUUCAUGGAGCCCAGCCUGCUGGCGUUGCUCUACUUCCCUGAUGAUCAGAAAUACGCAAUCUACAUCCCGCUGUUCCUGCCAGUAAUGUUCCCAGUGAUCCUGUCGCUCAAGAACCUGCUCCUCUGGCUCAGAGGGAAGCCCUUACACAAGGAGAAGACUGACUAGCACUACUACAUUCCACACAGCACAUGAAUUAUAGCUGUACUCGUAGUCGUUUAAGAGUAGUAGAGCUAUUAAAUACGAUUAAUUCUUGUAUGUUUUUGUCAUGUUUUAUGAUAACACAGCAAGGGACUGCUACCGCAGAUAUCCUGUUACUUUUACAAAAUUGCUUUAAUAUUAGAAUACUCUUAAUUUAUGCACAUGAGACUUAAUAUACUCAGAGGCACAAUUAUCCGCCCACUUACAUAUACUCGCGUAUAUUAAAGUGGGCGGAUAAUUGUGCCUCUGAGUAUACUUAAGUUGAAGGACACAAGGCGUCACUAUUAAGACGUGUUCUUUUCAUUCCCUGCGAACUCAGAUCAAUUACCUUCUAUUGGACUUGGAUCACACUCAAAUUCACCAACUUUUGACAAAAUUUGAAGGCGACAAGGUAAACUUGAAAAAUAUUUAACAUCAAUUAAUAUUAUAUCCUGUGUCCUUAUACUACACACAACUAUAAGUUUUUAAUCGUAAUACACCCACGUGUAAUUUUUACACAGUGAAACAUUGAUUCUUUGGACGCACUUUAUAUGAACACGUAUGUACAUGAUUAUUUAUUUUUGACAGAGAGGCUGUAGCUAGGCAGGUCCUAUAGAAGGUAAUCGCUCUGCGAAGUGUUGAUUUGUUUGUAGACGACGGUUUUCAACGUAGCACCAAGUGGGCCACGAUCUUAAUCUAUAAGUAAUUAUGAUAGCAAUAAUAUCGCUGUGCUUAUUUCUAUCGCUAAGCAGCAUUACUGUGUUUCGGUCUGAAGGUUGUGGCGGCUUAAUUACAGGCACAUCUGUCAUUUUGUGAGGAAUACGAGCAUAGAUUAGUUAUAUAUCAUAUACUAAACUAAAAGUUGCUGUCCGUUUUUUACACCAUUCAAAUACUCAAAAGGUAUUUUUACGGAGCUCAUUAACCGACGAACACGAUUACAACUAUGAAACAUCGAUACUAUAGAGACAGUUUUAUAAUCGCAUUAGAUCGUUGAUCAUAUGCUUUGACAGAAAAGUAACGUCUAGCGAGGCAGGUCCUUAUGUAAUUAGUCUGAGGGUCUGAAGGGUAUGGCUAGCGGUUUAAUUACAGGCACAUGAGGUUUAAAACAUACAACUCAAGACAUUAUUAUGUACGAGUACAGGUGUAUUUCAUAUGCCCAAAUACUACUACUAAUAUAGUGUUAUUAAUAAAAAAAAAAUAAACAUAUGAAAUCGUUGUUUUCUUUA